GUUUCUUUUUUCAUCGUUUCUGGCAAACAAAAACAGCUGACCUGGCUGCUUUGUAAAAAUACAGCGUGAUUAAAAUGCCUUUUAUUUUUUCAAUUGCUUGUUUUGAAGCAAAACGAUUGCAGAAAUUACGUGAUCUAAGAAGAUCUAGACAUCUUAGAUGCAACACUUGUGUAUUUAUCAUGUCUGACGAACUAUUUGUGAAGUCAUUUCGGAUCGACAAAAAAAAUUUAAAAAUGAUUUUGGAGAAAGUUCAACCCCAUUUAGGUGUUACCAGGAAGUUAUCUCCCUCUACGCAAUUGGCUUCAGUAAUGCGAUAUCUCGCCACUGGCUGCUACCAGUGGGCAGUUGCCAAAGACCACCAUAUAAACAUUGGACGCAGUACAUUUGGAAAGAUUCUUCACAAACUUAUUCCGUUGAUGGACAGGCUGUUAUGUGUUGAGUUCAUUUCGUUGCAGAUGAAUAAUCAUCAAUUGCAACAAUCAUAUGAAUAUUUCUAUCGAAACUUUAAAUUGCCUCGAAUUGGUGCCUGUGUGGAUGGAACUCACAUCAGAAUACUAAAGCCUGUACAAAACCACUCCGUGUUCUAUAAUAGGAAAGGAUUUUAUAGCAUGAAUGCCAUGGUGGUGUGUAACUACAACAUGGAGAUAAUUGCUAUUGAUGCCACGCACCCUGGUUCCUGCCAUGACUCCUUCAUUUGGAAUCACUCCCCUGCUAGGGAAUAUUUAUCCACGACCAUUAAUGGGUUUGUUUUGGCUGAUUCGGGCUACGCUCUAGAGAGUUUUGUUCUGACUCCUUAUAGGAGCGCGGAGAUAGCCACCUAUCAGCACAGAUUCAACAUAAAGCAUACUGGAGCACGAAAUAUUAUAGAACGCACCAUUGGAGUCCUUAAAAGCCGUUUCCGUUGCUUGCAACGCACUUUAAAUUACCCACCAAUAUUUUGUUGCCAAAUUAUAAAUGUAUGCUGUGCCCUGCACAAUAUUUGUAGAAGACGUAAUGUCUUAAUCGAGGAGGAUGUUCGAUUUGACGACCCUUUAGACACUGAAAAUGAAUUCGACGACACUGAAAAUAAUGGAUCAUCUAUACGCGAUGAAAUAGCUCAGGCCAUUCCUUAUUAAAAUGCAAAAUUUUUCAUGUUUUCUUCUUUAUGUCAUUCGAUAUUCUUUAUAACUAAUAAAGCUAAGUUUCACAAAAAAACUAA